CGGGGCCGAGCGAGCCGGGGGCCGCGGGGCUCUGCGGACGCGGGCCGGGUGUGCGGAGCCGGCGCAGGUCCCAGCCCGACCCCAGACGCAGCCUGGCCCCCACUCUGCCUCAAGGGCCCUGGGGUUUUCCUCGCCUGGGAAACGGGCCCGUCAGCCCCUACCCGGCUGGGUCGUGGCGAAGGUUUCGUAAAAUGACGCCUGUAAAACAGUGGACGUGAGAAGUCAUCAGAAUCCCAGCGUUUAAGUCGGGCUCUGUUUUAAGCACUUCAUUUAACUCGCCGAGUCCUGACAGCGUCCUUAUCGGGUGGAUACCUUACAAACCCCAUUUGACAGACGAGGAAACUGAGGCUCAGGGAUAGUAGGCAAUUUGCCCGAAGUCAAGCCGCUCCGCAGCAGCAGAGCGUUUCCCAGCGCGUUACUUCAUUCACGGCACCCCCAGAAAGUCAGCCCCGUCGCCCCCAUCCGCUCCUUACAGAGAUCCUCUGGCCCUGUGGGGAGAACAGACCGUGGGAGUCACGGGCAGAGCCUGGAGGCCGGGCAGGAGGCGACGGCACUGGUCCAGGCGAGUGGGGCUGGGGCCAUGGAGGGUCGAGAAGUGUCAGCUGUGACUGUGUGCUGGAUGGAGAGGGCACAGGACACUCUUUCUAAACGGCAGACGCCGCUCCUCAGAUGCCAGCUGCUCCUGGGGAGAGGAUCAGCUGAGCCACCACCGCCACACACAGGCACGCAGCCCAUGGCUUCUUCACAGGGGGGCCGUGGACCCCCCGCCAGGCUCCCCAGGAGGACAGGACUGGGCAGUGGGUCGACGCCACGCCAUCGGUGUGUCUUUGCAGAUUGGUCGUGCUGAGGGCGAGGACCCAUAGGCGGCUCCCAGGAUGGGUGAGAGGAAAGGUGUCAACAAGUACUACCCUCCGGAUUUCAACCCUGAGAAGCAUGGCUCGCUCAACCGCUACCACAACAGCCACCCGCUGCGGGAGCGGGCUCGGAAGCUGUCCCAGGGCAUCCUCAUCAUCAGAUUCGAGAUGCCCUAUAACAUCUGGUGCGACGGCUGCAAGAACCACAUCGGCAUGGGUGUUCGUUACAACGCGGAAAAGAAGAAGGUUGGCAACUACUACACGACCCCCAUCUACAGGUUCCGGAUGAAAUGCCACCUGUGCGUCAACUACAUCGAGAUGCAGACGGACCCCGCCAGCUGCGACUACGUGAUCGUGAGCGGCGCCCGGCGCAAGGAGGAGCGCUGGGACAUGGCGGACAACGAGCAGGUGCUGGCGACAGAGCACGAGAAGAAACAGAAGCUGGAGACGGACGCCAUGUUCCGGCUGGAGCACGGCGAGGCUGACCGCGGCGCGCUCAGGAAGGCCCUGCCCACGCUGAGCCACAUCCAGGAGGCCCAGAGCGCCUGGAAGGACGACUUCGCCCUCAACAGCACGCUGCGCAGGAGGUUCCGGGAGAAGAAGAGAGCUGAGCAGGAGGCGGCGGAGAGGGACCAGGCGCUGCAGACCAAGGCCAGCCUGGCCAUCCCGCUGCUGCCCGAGGCCGACGCGGACCGCAGGCUGGCCGCGCUGCUGGCGCUCCACACCCUGGACUCCUGCGAGGACAAGCAGAGGCUGAAGCGCACGGAGAUCAGCAGCCGCUCCUGGUUCCCCGCGGCCCCGGCGCCCGGCGCCGGCAGCGGCAGCGGCAGCAGGGCCGGCAGCGUCCUGAAGAAGCUGGCCCAGACCCGCAGGCCCGCGCCCGCCGGCUCCCCUGUCACCCCGGGGGCCCUGGGCAUCGUGCGGCGGCGCUCCCGGGAGGCCUCAGAGGGCCCCCCGCGCGAGGGCCAGGCCCCCCGAUCUGGGGAGCCACGGCUGCCCGAGGGGACCGCCCAGGACAGGCCCGCAUCCCCCCGAGACUGCUCUCAGGAGACAGCCGAGACUCCCAAGACCAGCGGGCCUCAGGGGCGCGAUGGGAGCUGGCAGGACAGGCCCCCGGCCCCGCCAGGCUCCCGCCAGGAGGCGGCCAACCCCCGGGACAUGCUGCAGCCCUGCAGCCUCGGCUCCUCCCUGGUGGCCGACUACUCCGACUCGGACAGUGAGUGAGCGAGCCGGGGACUGGAGCCCCGCCUGCCGGAGGCCGGGCACCCAGGAGGCCCCUUCCCCGGGGGCAGCCCCUCCCGACCUCGCCUUCCCACAGCCGUGGAGUUAUUUAUUUGGACCUGGAGAGGGCGUUUGUGCCUGGUGGGACCCCCAACAUUAAAGCUCUAUGUCUUUGC